AUGGCUUUUAAAAUUAAUGAUGGCCAUUGGCAGGUAUUAUUAGGUUUUAUGGAUCGUAAUCCUCUAUUUGCUAGAGGACAAUUUGCGGGGCCCAACGGCAAAGUGAUUCAGAGGAAACUCUGGGAGCAGCUCAGUUCCGAACUCAAUUCAUUGGAUUCUGGAAGUAAAUCAGUAGAAAAAUGGCAAAAGACAUGGUCAGACAUAAAGUAUGGGAUAAAAAGAAAGGCUGCUAUGAAUAAACUUAGCUUAGAUGAAACAGGAGGAGGACCAGGGAAUUAUAAAAAACUUAAUGAUUAUGAGCAAAGAAUUUUAUCGAUCUUGGGUAAAUCAUUUUAUGAGGGAGUUGGAAGCAAAGAGUGUGGGGGGCGUUCCCAACGAGAGGUAAUUGCACUGGACAACGAUAAGGCUGAAGAUACCCAGAGGGGCGUUCCCAACGAGAGGUACUUGCACUGGGGAGACUUAAUUCCAGAGGGGCUUUUCCAACGAGAGCAUAUGGAAAUAGCAUCUGGUGAUAAGGGGCUACCAAGUACAUCAACAAGUCAAGACAACAUGGAAAUUCCAAAACUUAAGUUAACAAUCAAAAAUAAUGAAAUAGCUGGCUGCUGUAACUCUAAACAAGCUCAAAGAGAAUUCGGAAUAGUACCAAACACAGAAGAUUAUUACACAGACCAUACUCCAAGAAAAAAGCCAAAGAUAUUAACAAGUCAUGACUGCAAGGAAAUUCCAAAUGAUGAGUUGAAAGUCAGAGAUAAUGAAAUAGCUGGCUGCUCUAAGUUCCUGUCUAAACUAGCUCAAAGAGAAUCCGCAAUAGUACCAAACACCGACCAUUAUUAUUAUUCAGACCAUACCCCAACGAAAAAGCUACAGAGUAUAUUAACAAGUCAUGAGAGCGAUAAUGAAAUAUCUGGCUGCUCUAAACAAUCUCAAAGAGAAUCUACAAUAGUGCCGAACAUAGGUGAUCAUAAUCAUACAGACAAAACCCCAAGGAAAAAAAAGAAACUUGAUCGGGAAGAAAUAGAAGACGGCUUGUUAACAGAAAGCAUAAACGAGCUAAAAUCUAUAAAAGAAGGAGUUUUUGCUAUUGGCACAAAUUUGUCACUGAUAAACGAUACUUUACAAGAAAUAAAAACCAUUUUAGGAAAAGAAUAG